CGAAGAUCUGCAGCUAGGGCGCCACCCUGGACCGUCUUCGCGUGGCGACGGUAGAUUUCAACUUGCCUCAGGCUCAAGAGUCCAGGUUGCUCAGAGUCAAGGGCGCCAAAGCCUAAGGGGUCCAGAGGGAAGACCCAAGAGCGAGCUCGAGGAGCGUCAGUCCCUUCGCCACACUUACCUCUUGCUCAGAUCAAGCAGAGGAAGUUACGAUUGAUCGCAGCCACUUGGGUGAAACGAUGCAUCGUGGCAGUGGUGUGCUCAGAGGCGCCUGGCAGAAGCGGCAUGGCCUUGAAAGAGUGAUUGAACAGCAUGCGGCCACUUUUCGAACUCGGGCUUUGGCGGCCACGGAGUCCGUGGCAAGGAAUGGAUCAUACCCAACCACUUCAGCGCAGGCUUACUGCGAGUCCCACCCGCUCCAAAAUGUAGGCAGAGCAGGCUCUUUCAGUGCCCCCCAGUCUCUCUCCUCCUUCUCUUCGGCCUCCUGGGCCAGCCAGCCCUGCAUGGCCCCGGCCGCCGAUGCUCCGGGCAGCACUGCGGGUGAGUCGCAGACCGGCAAUGGCGCCGAGGCCUCAACGUCAGGAAAGGCGGAAGCAUCGGAAGCGCGGGCGAAGGCCGGGCCUGCUGAAGGGCGGGACGUGGAUGCCAGCAAGGAGGAGCUGGUGCAGAUGCUGGCGGAGCGCGAGGUGGUGCUGGACGAGCAGGGGGAGCAGAUCAAGGAGCUGCAGGAGAAAGUGCUGCGCACGCUGGCGGAGAUGGAGAACCUGCGGGAGAGGACGGCCAGGGAGGCCGACAACACGCGCAAGUUUGCCCUCCAGGGCUUCGCACGAUCGCUGCUCGAUGUGGCCGACAAUCUGUCCCGGGCCACGGGAGCUGUCCCGGAGCAAUUCCGGAAAACAAAUGGGACUGGGGGCAGCGAGGCCGAAAAGGCUCUGCGGUCACUGCUGGUGGGGGUCAACAUGACGGAGAACCAGCUGCAGCAGGUGUUCAAGCGGCACGGGCUGGAGCGGUCCGACCCGCUGGGGGCCCCCUUCGACCCCAACCACCACAACGCCGUCUUCGAGGUGGAGGACCCUAGCAAGCCGGCGGGGACCGUCGCGCACGUCAUGAAGGCGGGCUAUAGCCUCAAUGACCGAGUCAUCCGUCCAGCCGAUGUGGGCGUCGUGAAGGGGAAGGAAGAGUAAAACGGUAAAUUUAUCAAGCUAGACAGUGGAAAGGUCUGAUGUCGAACCACGAAUGGUUUUCGCCAGCUAGUACCCCUUAGUUGAGAGCAGUUCGGACCUGUGGCAGCUUAGCAGAUACCACCAUUCAAUCAACCGGUCCCAUCUAAUGUUGCACAGAGAAGUCGAGAUAGCCUUGCCAUGGCACACCGGGCGCAAGUACUUCAGCUCAGGCAUGGCCGCGUUUAGUUGGAAGCUGCAGCGAAUCUGCUCAAGGACCAUCGUGACAAUUGAGCGUGAGGCUGUCGCUAUCAACAUGUUCCUGAAACAAUCAGAGAAGCAUUAUAAAUGGCCGCUGGCAGCAGAUUUCUUGCAAUCAUUGGAUGAGUUGACGAAGAAGCCAGACUGAACUAUGGUAGUAUCCUGGAUCAAGUUGCAUGCCAUUUAGUAAGCGUUCAAGCGAGU